AAACAAACUCGAGAACCUGAUAAGCAAAAAAGAAAAAAUGUAUGGCCUGCAACAGUUCUUCAUCUUCUUCCUCUCCCACCCUCUGCAACUCGCUUCACUUCUCCUCUUCCUCUUCCUCUCCGCCAAAUUCCUCCUCCUCUUCUCCAACAAGAAGUCAAACUCGAACUCGCCACCUUCCCCGUGGAAGCUCCCCAUCCUGGGGAACCUCCACCAACUCGGCACCCACCCUCACCGCACCCUCCGCUCCCUCUCCCUCACCCACGGCCCGCUCUUCCUCCUCCGCCUCGGCUCCGCCCCGACCCUCGUCGCCUCCUCGCCGGAAUCCGCCAAACAGAUCAUGAAAACCCACGACCUCGUCUUCUCCAACCGCCCUUACUCCGCCAUCUCCAACCGCCUCCUCUACAACUACAAGGACCUCUCGCAGACCCCUUACUCCGCCUACUGGCGCCAGAUGCGCGCCAUCUGCGUCACGCGCCUCCUCAGCGCCAGGCGCGUCGACUCCUUCCGCCACAUCCGCGAGCAGGAGGCGGCGCUCCUGGUCGCCACAAUCGAGGAGGGAGCGUCCAACGGCACGCCGCUGGACCUGGGCGAGCUGAUUUCGAGGAUGACGAACGACGUCGUGUGCAGGGUGGCGUUCGGGCGGAAGUACGGGGACGACGACGACGGGGAGGAGGAAGGUGGGAGGAAGUUCAAGCUGAUGCUCGAGGAGUUCGGGGCUGUUCUCGGGACGGUGAACGUGGCGGAUUUUAUUCCCUGGUUGGGUUGGGUCAACCGGUUUAACGGGUUGGACCGGAGGGUCGAGAAGGUUUUCGCAGAGUUCGACGAGUUUCUAGACCGGGUCGUGGAGGACCAUCGUCUGACGACAGAGGAAAAGAGUGAGGAGGAGGAGGAGAAGGAUAUCGUCGACGUUCUUCUUCAGAUUCAGAGAGAGACUCCUGAUUCCGCCGUCGAUCGAGACACCAUCAAAGCCAUCGUCCUGGACAUGUUCGCGGCGGGGUCGGACACGACGUAUACCGCGUUGGAAUGGACGAUGACGGAGAUACUACGUCACCCGAGGGUAAUGGAGAAGUUGCAGCAAGAGAUUCGAGUGAUCCUUGGUGACGAGAGGAACGUAAGGGAGGAGGUGAUCGAGCGGAUGGACUAUUUAAAAGCAGUGAUCAAAGAGUCCUUCAGACUGCACCCGCCGAUCCCGCUCCUGGUGCCGAGGGAAUCGACCCAGGACGUGAAGGUACAGGGUUACGACGUCCCCGAAAAGACGAGGGUGAUCGUCAACGCGUGGGCGAUCGGGAGGGAUUCGAAGAGGUGGGGGGACGAUGCAGAGGAGUUCAGGCCGGAGCGGUUCCUGAACAGCAAGGUCGAUUUCAAGGGGCAGGAUUUUGAGUUGAUACCGUUCGGGGCGGGGAGGAGAGGGUGCCCCGGGAUCAGUUUCGCAACGGCUUCGAUGGAGAUCACGUUGGUCAGCAUGUUGCACAGGUUCAAUUGGUCGGUGCCCGGCGGAGAGGAGGGUGGUGGGUUGGACGCCGACGAGGCGCCGGGGCUGGCGGUCCAUCGGAGGACGCCUCUUCUUGCCGUUCCAACUUUGUACUCUCCGUAGUGGUGGGAAUUGUUUGGAUGGUAACCAGGAAUUAGUCAAACGGGUCUUUGUUGCGGCCAAAAUUUGUAGCCUGCUUUAAUUUAAUGGUUUACCUACCGGUUUGGUAUUUGGACACAUCGCACUGAUAUUGCAAUUGCUAGAGUACAGUCCAAAGAACGUAACUGCUUUUAAUAUAAUGCCGAAGUGGGAAGUGGGAACGUUCUUGCCCGCGUAUGGUUCAUUCGUGUGCUAAAAGUAAUUAUUUCGACGUUGUCAUAGAGAAGUUGAUGAGAUCAGUGUUGCAGUGUGACAGAUACAACUCGUGGCUAACUUGUCUUGCUCAAGUUCUCAUUAUUCUAUGUUAUCUGAUCACCUGCUCUACAAGGAAAGAAACUUCGCCCACAUCCCCACUUAGAUCUCGUUGCGAAAGUUUGUUUUUAUUGUUAACUUCUAACUUCUAAGUAAGGUUGUCAAAUCGGUUUAUACCAUUGUGCUCGUUUAGCAAAUUUCUUCAGUAAAUCAUUAAAAGCAGUCAAAGUAUAAUUGUGCAUGCCUUCAUUUGCAAUGGUGUCUUAUUGACAAUCAUACGGUUUAAUAAAAUAUGUAGAAAUGUGAAAAAUGAUUAACACAAAUGAAUAUAAUUGUAUUGAUCUUGUUGACCCUUCAGUCUCGGACCAUUGUCCCAUCUUCUUAACCGCCGAUAGCUCUAUCAAAUCUCUCCCUUAGCCUUUCAAGUUUUUUAGGUUUUGGAUGGCUCGUGAGCAUCUAGCCUUUUGGAGUUGGUUGAAGAGGCCCGGUCUAGUGAUGUUGUUGGAUCUCCUCUGGGAAGAAUCUGCAAGAAACUUAGAAUUUUAAAAGGUUGGCCAAAUAAACUUGUGUAGUCAAAACUUUGAUGGUUUUGCCAAAUAUAGCCACGUUUGGCGAAAUACAAAAAAUAGCCGCUUCUGUCCAAUUGUUUGACGAUGUUAGUUAACGUGCUUACUGGACUAACGGAAAGGCUGACGUGGCAAAAUUUUUGUAAGUAACAAUGCCACAUGGAUUAACUUUAAAAUAUAAAAAUAAAAUGAAAAGUAAAUUAUCCCUCUCUCCCUCAUUUUCUCCAACCCUCUUCUCCCCUUGAUCCCUCUUCCUUUGAUUCCAUCUUCUCCCCCUGAUCCCUCUUUCUCCGAUCUCAUUUUCUCCCCCUUAUCCCUCUUCCUUCGAAGGACGACACGUCCACCUCUCUUCUUCCCCAUCCCUUCCCUAGCCGAAACUCUCUAUUCUUUAAACUCUCUCGAUUAUUCUAUCACGACUGGAUUCUUCCCGGAGCUCUUCACCCUCUCCUUCCACUCUCUCCACCUCGCACCACUCACCCCCGCCGACACUGCUUUGUCCUCCUAAAUCUCCACUCCGCCGUCAGAUUCUUAAACCCCCAAACCAUAUCUCCAACGCUUUUAACAAACCCAGAUUUUGGAUGGGGAUUCAUUUAGGGAUUUGAUGGGCUCCGCAAUGACCAUGGAUUUUCAGAAGGUGGCGCCCGCAUGUGUGAUGGUUCGAUUCACAGGCAAGACAACUCGGAAACAGGAAGAGAAGCAGUGGCGUCGGAGUUCACCAUCGACAACGAUGAGUCUCUUUCCUCCUCUCGGAGACCGGGCGACGAAUCCUUCUUUCUCCUUCAUAUCGGGCUCGAUGGCUGGGCUCAGCAACUAGAGGAGAAUGUUGAGUAGUGUUUGGAUUGGAAUAGAGGUAGGCGAUGGAUUAAAUUCUGGGAGUGAAGACAGGGGAGGGGAGUUCGAUAGGGGAAGAGAGAUUUGGGAGCUUGGCAGCGGUGGCGAGGACUGACCGCCGGUAGCUGCUGGUUUUGAUGAAGUUGAGAAGGAGAUGAAAAGAUGAGAUAAUGGGAGCAUAGGGUAGAGGGCAGAUCGAGAUGGAGGGGAAUCUUUUGCGUGUUAUGACUAUUUUACUGGGGAUCUUUUUGCGUGUAAGGGGAAUACCAGAGGAAAGAGAGGUGGAGGAUUCGAGGGAGAGAUCAACAAUGGUGGCGUUGAGGGAAGAUUAGAGGUCACUUGAUGAUGCCUUGAAAAGAAUGAUUUCAAAUCUCUGGGUUUUUUAGAUUUCUGUUUUCUUAGCUGCAGGAGAAAGAAGAAAUCGAAGGAUGAGGAGAGUAGUAUAUGGGAGAAGAAGAGGGGUAUUGGAAGCAGAUUAAUGGUGAUUGUCUGAUUGACGAUGGGAGGAGGGGCGGUGGGUUGCUGGAGGAGAAAGAAGAGGGUUCAAAGAGAUUAGGCCAUUAGGGAUAGGGGGAUUUUUUUUUGUAACUGACGUGUCGUUUGAGUGCCGAGUUGGAAAUGAAAGAGAGGGUGAGUUGGCAGCCAAGUUAGCGUUCCGUCAAUUUAAUUAACGGUGUCACUGACGCUGUUAAAUUAUGUAACGGAAAUGGCUAUUAUUGUCAUGAAACUUUCAAAAUUUUGGUUAUUAUUGGUAUUUCCCCAAAAGUGGCUAUUAUUGUCACAAACGUCAAAGUUUUGGCUACAGAUUUUGCCUAAAAGGUUUGCUCAAAAAGGUUAAUCGAGAAAAAUAUUAUUACCUAAGGGAAAGAGUUAAACUUGAGGAAGGGGAGUUGAUGUUGGCGCAAGCUGCUGCUUUAUGCCAGCCAUCUGAUAGUUCUUUUGGGGAAGAGAAGAAGAUUUCAGGAGAGCAUAAAUUGCUAAGGGAGGCUGAGGAAUAUUUCUACGUCUAAAGUCAAGAGAAAUCUGAUUGAAGGAAGGUGAUGCAAACUAUGCCUGCUUUCAUAGAUCUAUGAAGGUUAGGCAGAAAAGGAACAUGAUAAGGUCUUUAUUAGAUGCAGAGGGUAACACAGUCACUAAAAUAGACUUAAUGAGCAAAGUUGUUGUGACUUUCUAUGAAAAUCCUCUAGGUAAGGCUGAUCCUAAUGUUAGCAUGAAUUAGUUGACUAUUUCCUUAGCAUUUUGCCAAAGAAACUAGAGCCAAGGCAGGUUACAUCAUUAUGUGGCCCAGUUAUUGCUGGUGAAGUAAAAGAUACUAUUUUUGCUUUAAAGGGGAUAAAAGUCAUGAACCAGAGGGGUUCUCAGCCAUAUUCUUCCAAUAUACCUGGUCUAUCAUAGGUGCAGAGAUUACAGAUAUUGUCCAACAUUAUUUCAUACUUUCAUUCACUCUUAAUACGAUCAGAGGUAAACUCAACUUUACUCACUCUUAUACCUAAGAUAAACAGUCCUGAGGAGAUGAAGUUCUUUGGGCAAAUUGCUUGUUGCAAUAUUAUAUAUAAGUGUGUUUCUAAAAUCCUAGCUAAGAGACUCAUGUAUGUUCUUCCUAAUGUUAUCAGUGCAAACUAGUAUGCAUUUGUUAAAGGUCGGUCAAUAGGUGAAAUAUUAUGUUGGCCCAUGAAUUAGUAUAAAGUAUCACUAGAAAAACAUCUCUCCUAGAAGCAUCAUUAAGGUGGAAUAAUGAAAGCCUUUGCAU